AUGAGGCUUGCUCACACCAUACCUUUCACACCUGUCUCCAUAAUGGGUAAGGCAUCAGCCAAUCACGUUAAAGGGAUAGUUCACUGUUUUUUGACGUUUUUAUUAUUUUAGACUCCCCUAGGGUGUGGUUGUUUCUCCAAACUGUUCUUACAUUUGUUAGCUGGUUUUUAAGCAAUUUCUAGAAUAAUCUCACAAGUAUUUCUAAAGAAUGUGGCAAUGCUAGUGGAAAUGUAUUGUUUCUGUUGCCUCCCUAAUACACAUCUCCCCCGUGGUUGCAUGGUCCCUGGCAGCGGGAGAGGAGGUGAGUGUCUACUCCCUGGAAGAGGUGGAAGCUGCAGGCCCGGAGUUCUCCGUAUCCUCCUGGUCAUCGCGGGGGCUGUCUGCGUUGCUGCAGCCACUGUCCAGCGAGGGCUGUCUGGAUGGUGGGCUGCGCAGGGCCACGCGUGUACUUUGCACCUGGGCCGAGAGGGACGUCCUGAGGGUGGGCUGCGUGUAUGUGGUCAAAGCCACCAGGCCCGAGGUGGUCCGCACCUGGCAGAGGGUCUUCCACAGCGACACCCCCCUCCAGCUCUGUCUGCGGGUAUAAACCUCAUAUAUACGUACAUACAGUAUAUAACAUCAUAGCUUGUUGUUAGGGACAGAAGUGUUUUCUGACCAUGAGACCCGUUAAGCAUAAACUCUGGGCCCUGGUUAUUGUAAGACAGAUCUUUUCCUGGUCAGGUCAUAAACUCUGGGCCCUGGUUAUUGUAAGACAGAUCUUUUCCUGGUCAGGUCAUAAACUCCUGGCCCUACUUACAUACAUAAAUUUUCCACAGCAAGGUGGAACAUCACCUACUUUUUGUUAUGAGCUCUCAUCAUUUUUACCCUCAUGUUUUACUUGGCAUUUGUUACAUCCCUUAAUAGCAUCAUUCUGGCCUUCUGUUUUUUGUCCUUGCAGGAGAUACAGCAACAGAGAGCUGCUCAGAAUCUCAUGCAUGUGUUCAAUCAAGUAAAACCAGAAAACAUGCCUCAUUCUCCCAGGUUGGUACUCAACACUAGGACUCAGCACUAGUACACGUGUGUGUGUGUGUAUAUGUAUUAAUAAUAAUAAUAAUGGAUUGGAUUAUAUAGUGCCUUUCUACCAACUGAGGUACUCAAAGCGCUUUACAUAGUAAGGGGGAAACUCACCUCGUGUGCAUAUGAUACGUGUAUGUCUUACAGUAUGUGUGCGUGUUAAAUGUGUUAUGAAUGUGCGUCUUCCUCCUAGGUUCCUGGACGUGUCUCUUCUUCACUGGCACUCAGACGGCCAGUGGUUGACCAUAGAGAGGAACAUGACCGGAGACUUCAGGAAGUACAAUAAUAACACAGGAGAAGAGAUCGCCCCCUGCUGUGGGAUGGAGGAAGCGCUCCUGGCCUUCUCCCACUGGACCUACCAAUACUCCUGCAGGGAACUGCUGGUGCUGGACGUACAGGGUCUGUCUGUCUGUCAAUCCCAUUCUUUUGAGCUGUCUGUCCAUCCCAUUCUGAUGAGCUGUCUGUCUGUCUGUCUGACUAUCGAUGGAUUUUAAUUUCUUUGACACCAUGCUUUGAUCUUUAUUUUGCAACCACAUCACUUCACAGGGUUUGUCCUAUAAACUACUACAUUGAACUGAAAUCUCUCUCUCCGCUCCUAAAUCUUUCACAGGAGUGGGAUCGGAGCUUACAGACCCAUCGGUCAUCCGAGCAGACGACAAAAGGUACUCGCCUCAUACGGUGGUGGUUCGGUGUGUGACACUGACACUUAUCGUCAUCUUGAUAUCCAUUCUUUUGAGGUCUAAAGACAUCUGAAAAACAUAUAUUUUUAGUGCCCUCUUUUGCCCCUUGCCUUCCUGUAGCUCAUGCGGUGACAUGGUGUUUGGUCCUGCUAACCUGGGAGACGCUGCCAUCCAGAGCUUUGUCAUCAAGCACACCUGCAACUCCUGCUGCGAGAACCUCGGACUCUCA